AUGGUUCGUACCAAGGUUGAAGAACUGCUUUUGGACUACGGACGUAAUUAUCCUCUGGGACCUCAGUACAAGCUUGGCGUCAUCUGCGGAAUGGCGUCGAAAUCAUGGUACUGCUUAGGCACAACAUGCUACCAUGUCAACUUUCUGGCGAGCACCCUUGUUGUUGUUCCAAAUGACGAUGCUACCACGUCACCCCCUCCAGAGUGCAAACUAUUCUUCUCCGAAUUCUGGACCAGAGCUGAUGACGGCUUUGAACCCUCAAAGAAGCCACCCGUCUGCUGCCCGAUUCAGGACUACCAUGCAUUCCCUGGUCGCUGCUUCAUCUGCGAGUGCGCUUUGGUACGGAUUGUGCAUCCCCCUUGUGGCAACUACUUCUUGCGCCAAGAGUACUCCACUGAUUCUCUAUGUGCCAUCGCGGAGCGUCAUGCAGAAUUUGGUGAGUAGGGUAUAUGUGGUCAACACUGAUCUUGGUGAGUAGGAUGCAAGUGGUCGUGGAAAGGGUAUAUAUGUUUGUGUGGUUGGCUUCUAGGCUGAGGAUAGUUUCAUGGUGUCGGUUGUAACGUUUGUCAUAGUUGUUAUCCGUGUUCUCCUCUUGAGUGGUCGGGUGUUCACCAAAUGCUCUUCUAGGCUAGCUU